CCUCCCCUGCACAUACCACCCGGUCCCGCCCCUGCCCCAAACAUCAGUAGCUCAGCCACACACUCCCAGCCCAUCGGGCACUCGGGACUUCCUGGAUUUUUCUCUUCGUAGUCGCUCUAGAAAGCCAGCCCAGCACUAACCACCACUUCUGUUCCUCACUACAGGAACCCCAGGCAACGCCAGUUAGGGAGCCGCACCGAGAAAAUACUUCGCAGGGGGAGAACCUGAGGUCGGAACUGGAUACCGGACCUCGGCGCAGAUUCGGCCCGGAGCCAGCCACACGCCACAGCACUGAUCCAUCCGCAGCGCGCGGAUAACGUUUCACCGCUGACGUUUUCUGCGGUGUCGGCUGGAGCCCGGAGGAUACAUUACCGCUGUACCGACAGGACAGCACGACUGGGAAAUACCACUGCAGAGCCUGGCAGUGCGGAUACCAUAGGGUAGAGAGAGCGGGGCGGCACCGACCGUACCGGGACGAUAGCCGAGGAACGAUACUUUCACAGGCCUGCUCCGGACCAACCAACGAACGCAACAGCUGCAGGAGGAUACAGUCGUGUGUUUGUGUGACGAGAUUAAUAGUUCCGUUGCUGUCACAUAGGGUACUACUACACGUUAGACUGUCGCAGACAGAACAGAACACAGCAUAGCCACACCGACCUGUACUUGGCGAAGUAGCGAGCUGUGUGUGUGGAUGUGAUUACCAAAAGCCUUGCCGUGCAACACGCUACUCUAAAGUGAAGCUACACCCAGGACUGGUGACUGUGUUCGUAGGAAAACUAGAGGACGAUGCCGACGACCACGGUGCCGGAGAUCCAGGUCGUCAACGGGGUGGCGGAGGGAGAGGGGGACGGCCCCGCCCCGCCUGAGGGGGACGCCCCGCCCGGAGACCCCUUCAAGACCACGCCUGUUAUCCGGGGUCAGCUGAUGGGUUACCCUGUUCAGUACUGGUCGCCAAAAACUGCUCAGGAAGAGCUGGAUGAGACCGAGGCGGCGAUAGAAGCCGAGCUGCUUGUAGAUGGAGGUGAUGAAGAUGACAUUAUCCUGCUGUUGGAGAGGCAGUGCGUCGGGGCGAGUCUGGACCACCUGGUGCCGGAGGACCUGUCCCGUCCCGACGUCACCCUGCGUGUGCCCAAAGGCCAGCGCCGCCCGAAGCACGUGGGGCGCCCCUCCUCCCUGCACAUCACCCCUGGCUACCUCUCCACACCCGUGGGGGAGGGCGAGGGUCUGGAGGGGGCGGUCGGAGAGGACCGAUCCGCCUCCCUGCCUCCGAGCACUAAACAAGGGCUGAAGGAAAGGUUUCUUGGCAAAAGAAAAAGAAAAAUCCCGUGGUGGUUAGUCUGGCUGGUCAGGAAACGACGAAAGGCAGCCAAGAAGGGCAAAGCGGAAGGCGAAGAGGAAGAGCCAAAAGUCCAGGGGUCAACGUCCCCGGUCUUCUAUCCAGAGGGUUCAGGGAAAGCCCGGUUAGCGACCCCGGAACAAUUCGAGCACCCCGAUGGAACACCACAUGCAGAAGCGAAAAUCAAGGCAAAGGUAGAAGCGCCCGAUCUCCACAUAGCAGCCGGUGUAGAGCCCACAAAGAUUCCGCUAAGCAAAGGUAGGUCUUUAGACACUACAUUAUCUCCAGGAAAAGUAUCUCCCGAGCUGCCGCCUCUAGACCGGAUGGUAUCUGCACCAACAGGCAAGGCUGACAUUGAACUCUCGCCGCUCAAGAGAUCUCACGAGACCCCGGAUCUCGCGGGGCUGUGGCUGGGGACAUCCAGGUUCAGCCGCCGAGCGACGACGCCAUUAGAAAAGAUGCUGCAAAACUUCAGACCGACCUACCUGACGAUGAGGAAAUUCAGCAAGUCGAAGCGCCUGACACAAAUAUGGGACUGAAGAUUGGCUUUCCACAGAUUCACAUCAAAGGCCCGAGAUUUAGCUUUGGUACAAAGAAGCCAAAAGCGGAAGCCAAAGCUAAAGCAAAGGCAGAAGCAACGCCUUUGGAAUUAGACGUAAGAGGGCCUACUGUUGAAGGUGAACUUCCUAGAGCAAAGGGCGACGUAGAAGUAGAUGGGGAAAUGCCUGACGACCGCCCCACAUGGCAAAUAUCUGGUCCUAAAAUACAAAUGCCAAAAUUACGGGUUAAAGGGAAGGGCAAAGCAGAAGGCAAAAUUAAACCACGCCCACCAAGUCUGGAGUUUCCUGAUAGGCCAAUUCCAUACGCCGACGGAGAAAUGGAAGUUGACCUACCCGAAACUGAUGACUUGACACCUCCAGAAGUUCCACAAAUCCAGGGUGGGGUGGUGGUGGAAGGAGACAUCAGACCGCCUGCUAUUAGAGGCGAAGUAGACGGAACUCUGCCGGAAAUCGACGGAGAGGGACGAGUCGUAGUUCAACCCCAAGAGUAGAAGGGCCUGACGUCCGGCCUGAGGAUGUACACAUAGAAGGUAAACCAUGGCAGCUUCCCGACUUCGACUUGAAAGGUCCGAAAAUUCGAAUGCCGGAGGUGCGACUGAAGGGCCCACAGAUUAAAAGACCAAGAGUCGAAGGAGAGGUUGACACACCGGAAGGCAGACUACCCGGGCCGGAAGCUGAGGUACAAGUCCGACCACCUGGCGCUGAGGGACCUGGCGUUUCUGGGGACGUAGAAGGCCCAGAUGUGGAGGGAAAAGUCAAGCCCCCAAAGGGGGGCCUUUCUGGGAACCUCCUGAAUUCGGGCUAAAAGGAC